AUGGAGCUCAGUCAACUUCCUCUUGUGCUCUUGCUGAUUUCAAACAUCCACUCUGAAGACACUGAAGAAAACCCUAAAGCCAACUUGACUAUUACUCCUGAUCUGCAUGUGUUCAGAGGAGAGUCAGUCACUCUCAGAUGUGACAUUAAUGCUGAAGGAGUCUCUAGCUGGCGGUACAGCUGGUAUAAAGAAGGUUCAGAUUAUGCAUUCAGUGAAUUACAGGAAUACACAUUAAGGUCUGUUACUGAGUUUGACGCAGGUAAAUACUCCUGUUCUGGCACUGAGAGUAAAGGUUCACGCAGAUCACAAAUGAGUGAUGCAGUUCCACUGACAGUAUCAGCCCAGACAGCUUUAAGUGUUUCUCCACAGAACUGGUUGACUGAAGGAGAUUCAGUGACUCUGAUCUGUGAGGUUUACGGCUCCUCUACAGGCUGGACAUUCAGCUGGUACAUCAGAACUCGUUCAGAUUAUUAUGAUUAUUAUAAACCGCUCUCUGACAGCAGUAGAGGAGCUGGAGGAAAAUACACUGUCAGUUCUGUUGCUCUAAAACACACAGGAGUUUAUGUGUGCGGAGCAGAGAGAGGAAAACCAGCCUAUAUAACUGUCAGCAACACACAGCCACUGUGGGUCACUGGUGUUUCUCCUCCAGUCUCUCUGGUCAUCAGUCCCAGCAGAGCUCAACACUUUACAUCUGACUCUCUUUCUCUGAGCUGUGAAGACAAGAGUAACUCUACUGGAUGGAGAGUCAGAAGAUACAGAGGCAGCUGGUGGAUGAGUGAUUGUUCAUCACAAACAGGAUCUACAUGUACAAUCAGCCUCACCACAUCAGACACUGGAGUUUACUGGUGUCAGUCUGAGUCUGGAGAGAAUUAUAAUCCUGUUAAUAUCACUGUACACUUUGGUGUGAUUCUGGAGAGUCCUGUUCAUCCUGUGACUGAAGGAGAUCCUCUGACUCUACACUGUUUAUAUAAAUCUACAACUCCAGCAAAGCUCAGAGCUGAUUUCUAUAAAGAUGGAUCACUCGUCCAGAGGCAAACCUCAGAGAUGAUCAUCACUACUGUCUCAAAGUCACAUGAGGGUUUCUAUUACUGCAAGCACCGAGAAGGAGAGUCACCCAAGAGCUGGACCUCAGUCAGAGUUUCUCCAUCAGCCUCAAGAUCUGAUGGUGUUGAUCCUGUGAUUAAUGGAGUGACUGCAGGACUUUCUGUCCUUGUUUUGAUCAUCAUCUUCUUGGUUCUGCUGUGCUGCUACAGACACAAGAAAGGUGUAAGAUCUCCGUCUCCCUCUAGUGUCAGUCAGACAUCACAGCAAAACCAGAGUGAAGUGGGACACCAGACACUGCUCUCUGACUGUGAAAGUGGAGCUGAACUCACCUAUGCUGAGGUCGAGCUCAAAUCUACAAAGAAAAUGAAGGAAAACACAGAUAAAGGGAACAACACUGAGAAUUCUGACUGUGUUUACUCUAAACUGAAGCUGGAAACACAUCAGAGUGUGUGA